ACAGAGUGACGGAAAGAGGGAGAGAGUGGCGGAGAGCAGGAGGUGGUGGGGUCUCUGUGCCGGGAAUGUAUUGGAGGGCAGCAACUCGUCUCCAGGCUCGUCUCCCGCUCCAGCAGCAACAGCAGCUGCUGAUGAUGAUGAUGUCGGGGGUCCCAGGACCUCCCCCCAGAGCUGCCCUGAGGAAGGCUGGGAGUGCCCGCGGCAGGACAGCCCCGGGUGCGACCGAGGCCACUGGAGGAGGAGAGGCGGCAGCAGUGUGUUCUAUGGGACCCAAAACCAGCAGGCUGUACAGUGCUCUGGCUCCGACUAUAACCACAAAUGGAAUCCCACAGGUGCCUAAGUUCAUGAUGGACCCCAACCUGGAACCGCUUGAUCCAACAGACCCCAGUGACCUCCUGAAGGAAUGUCAGAAAGCUCUAGAGAAGCGUCCGCCCCGGCUCCAGCGGGACUUCCUGGAGCUAAGGAAGAUCCAAGUUCCCACUGAUUGCCGCCCGAUCCGGGUCAUGCAGUGGAACAUACUAGCACAAGCUCUGGGGGAAUGGAAGGACAAUUUCAUCAAGUGUCCGAGAGAAGCUUUGAACUGGUCCGAGCGUAAAUACCUCAUCCUGGAGGAGAUCGUAACCUACCGGCCUGAUAUUGUGUGUUUGCAGGAGGUGGACCACUACUUUGACACCUUCCAGCCGGUACUCCGAGGGCUGGGUUAUCACUCCACCUUCUACCCUAAACCGCGGUCGCCGUGCUUGGAUGUGGAGAACAACAAUGGGCCGGAUGGAUGCGCCUUGUUCUUCCUACGGGAGAGGUUUGAGCUGCUUGACAGCGUCACCCUCCGUCUGGUGGCCAAGAGGCUGCAGACCAACCAAGUGGCCAUUGCCCAGACUUUGCGCUGCGUGGAGACGGGCAAAGUCUUCUGCGUAGCCGUGACCCACCUCAAAGCCUGCAGUGGGUGGGAACGAUUCCGCUCGUCGCAAGGCAGCCACCUGCUCCACAACCUGGAGAGCAUCACUGAGGGGGGCGGCGCACCCCUCAUCGUGUGCGGAGACUUCAAUGCCGAGCCCACUGAGGAUGUAUACAAACAGUUCAGCUUGUCCAGCCUGAACCUAAACAGUGCUUACAAGCUGCUGAGCAAAGACGGGCAGUCGGAGCCUCGCUUCACCACCUGGAAAAUCCGCACGACCGGAGAGAGCUGCCACACUUUGGAUUACAUCUGGUAUUCCAAGCAGGCUUUCAUUGUGAAUACGUUACUCAAUAUGCCAACAGAGGAACAGAUUGGCCCAAAUCGGUUACCAUCCUUCCACUAUCCCUCCGAUCACUUGUCUCUCGUGUGUGAGUUCAGCUUCACGGACAAUCCCAUUAAAUCCUGACCCCAACAUCACCUCUUUUUGAUACCCACGCUUGAGAUUAAAGCUCCAGAUUGGAAUGAAGCAGAAUGACUUGUGUUUCUUUGGUAAUGACCUAAACAACACCCUUGCCGUGAAACCACCUGAAAUAAACAUGUAGCCUCAGAACAGGAAUGGUAUGAAAAUGAUGUACAUUGGAUGUUACACUAUUUGUGUUGCUUUACAAUUUGAGAUUAAGUUGAAAUGCCAGUGAACUUUGUAAGCGGUUUUUAACUGUUUUGGAGGCUUAGAACCAAUUCUAGAUAUUCAGUAACCUGAAUGUGCGAUCACUUGAACUGUUUUUGUUUUUCUUAGCAUGUUCUAAGUAUUGGUUAGUGGGUGAGGGUUUCACUCUUACCCUCCUGUGGUGGAUAACCCAGUCGUGACCUUAAUGAUCAACUUUAGCCCUAGACGUUGAGAAGAAAAACUGGAGACUUGUUUGCUAAAGCUAGCAAAUUCCGUUCCCGUUACAAAGUGCAAUCAAACAAAUGUUUAGCUGCAUGGUUGAUGACUUCUCCAUCACCACUACCUAACAGACAUAGUUACUGUAGUUCAACACUGAUAUAUUGGGAGCGUGGAGAACGGGAAGUGAACCUCCAGGACAAUCCAUCCACCAAGUCUCCAAAUGUUCUCAAAGUCUGUUCUCGAGGGAGUGAUUCAAGUACUGACAUCACUUCACCUUUGAGCACAAAUCACCAAGUCACACAUGUACAACUCCAUCUGACUCAAGUGCUGCGUUAGUACAGGCCUGUGAGCAUCUUGUCUGCUAUGGUGAUGUAACGUUUUGCAGAGGAACCAGAUAUAAUAAUAACCUUGGAUUUGACUAGCGCAGGAUCACGUCAUCGAGGUGUUUUGUGGGUGAAAAGUGACAGCCAGUUUGUGCACAGAAAUGUCC